UUUUAAAGACGAGCGUGUCACGCUGGCGGCAGGGGGUCACGGCUACUGGAAAAUGAGCUGAGUCUUCAGGACACGCGGCUCCGGGAUCGGUCCCUCCGGCAUUCGCGUUCCCGGCUCCCGCGCGCAGGGAUGGGAGCGCGAGGGACCUGCCCACCGUCCGCAGGCGUCUGCCAGGAGGUGCAGUCGCAGCAGCCGCUGCCCCGAAUCUGAGGACGAGUCUCCAGGGGAGAGGCGGGUUCGAGACAGGUGGUAAGCUGGCUAUGGUGACAGGACGAUGUUGGCCAGAAAGAGCAUCAUCCCGGAGGAGUAUGUGCUGGCGCGCAUUGCGGCGGAGAACCUGCGCAAGCCGCGCAUCCGAGACCACCUCUCGAAAGCCCGCUUCAUCGCCAAGAGCGGGGCCUGCAAUCUGGCGCACAAGAACAUCCGUGAGCAGGGCCGAUUCCUUCAGGACAUCUUCACUACCUUGGUGGACCUGAAGUGGCGCCACACACUGGUCAUCUUCACCAUGUCGUUCCUCUGCAGCUGGCUACUCUUCGCCAUCAUGUGGUGGCUGGUGGCCUUUGCCCACGGGGACAUCUAUGCUUACAUGGAGAAAAGUGGAAUGGAGAAAAGUGGUUUGGAGUCCACUGUGUGUGUCACUAAUGUCAGGUCUUUUACCUCUGCUUUUCUCUUCUCCAUUGAGGUUCAAGUGACGAUUGGAUUUGGAGGGAGAAUGAUGACGGAGGAAUGCCCUCUAGCCAUCACAGUUCUGAUUCUUCAGAACAUUGUGGGUUUGAUCAUCAAUGCCGUCAUGUUGGGCUGCAUUUUCAUGAAAACAGCUCAGGCUCACAGAAGGGCAGAAACUUUGAUUUUCAGUCGCCAUGCUGUGAUUGCGGUCCGGAACGGCAAGCUGUGCUUCAUGUUCCGUGUGGGGGACUUGAGGAAGAGCAUGAUCAUUAGCGCCUCAGUGCGCAUCCAGGUGGUCAAGAAAACUACUACCCCUGAAGGAGAGGUGGUGCCUAUUCACCAACUGGACAUUCCUGUUGAUAACCCGAUUGAGAGUAACAACAUUUUUCUAGUGGCGCCUUUGAUCAUCUGCCACGUGAUUGACAAGCGCAGCCCCUUGUAUGAUAUCUCAGCUACUGACCUCGCCAACCAAGACCUGGAGGUCAUAGUGAUUCUGGAAGGAGUGGUCGAAACCACCGGCAUUACCACACAAGCGAGAACCUCCUACAUCGCAGAGGAGAUCCAAUGGGGCCAUCGCUUUGUGUCUAUUGUAACAGAGGAGGAAGGAGUGUAUUCUGUGGAUUACUCCAAAUUUGGCAACACUGUUAAAGUAGCAGCUCCCAGGUGCAGUGCCCGGGAGCUGGAUGAGAAGCCUUCCAUCCUUAUUCAGACCCUCCAGAAGAGUGAGCUGUCCCAUCAGAAUUCUCUGAGGAAGCGCAAUUCCAUGAGAAGAAAUAAUUCCAUGAGGAGGAACAACUCUAUCCGAAGGAACAACUCGUCCCUCAUUGUGCCAAAGGUGCAAUUUAUGACUCCAGAAGGAAGUCAAAACACAUCAGAAUCAUGACAACAAGACAACCCCAAGAAAGUCUUUGUACCAACUGUUGAUGCUUUACAUGGGACACAAUUAGACUGUACCAGAGCAGGAACACAGUGAUUUGUCCUUCUACAUCUUAAUGCACUAAGUGUUAUUCAUAUCAACCGCACCUUCCUUAUCAAUAAACCAGUAACACACCGGGUGGAGCAUUCAUGGUUCACACUUGCUUCAUACGUGCAGUAUUGGCAGUGAUAAGUUUGUUGUGUAUAGAAAACAGUAGGCUCUCAUUUGUCUCCAUUUGAAACAGUUACAUUAAUAGUAAUGGACCUUGAAUACAAAAGAUGGUGAAGGAAUGAUUCUGUUCAAAAUGUUUAGUAGAUGAAACCACAGAUCAAUGUUUCCAUUGUUUACUCUGGAAAUACAAAUAGAAUAGGAGGGGGGAAAAAACCAAAAUUGUAUUAACACGUUUUGUAUAUCAACUAAUAUGUUGCCUUUUCCUUUCCCAUGAUACUGCAUUGGAUAAAAAGCAGGAGGCAAACACGGCUUAGCUCUCCUUGCUUCUGGGCAGAUUCCCUUCGUUCACCGGGUCCUUCACCAUGACCUCCGGAGGUUUCCUGCUCGCCCUCAGGACAGCCUGUUGGCAGAACUGAGAGGAGAGCAUAGGAGAAAAG